AUGAGGUGGUCCCUCCAAAUACACCCGACAUUGCAACACCACCUGUGUCGACAACUCCAAACACCUACAUGCUUGAAAAGUUUCAAGUUCAUAGGAAUCACUGAAGCAGAUGUCAUCGGAUCAGUGCAAGGAGAUAGAGUCACUCGAGGAAAGAAAGUUGACUACCGAGAAAUGUUACAAUUCUCUUGUUUUGUCUCUGUUAUGGAACCAAAAGACAUCAAAAUUGCUCUUGAAGAUGAAUUCUGGCUUGAAGCCUGUCAAGAAAAACUGAACGAGUUCACAAGGAAUGAACUUUCGGAUUUAGUUCCAAAACCACAUGGAGUGAAUGAUGUGGUUACUAAAUGGAUCUUCAAGAACAAAAGCAAUGAAGAUGGAAACACCACUAGAAACAAAGCAAGGCUAGUAGCUCAAGGCUACUCUCAAAUGGAAGGAAUCAACUUUGAUGAGACGUUCGCUCCGGUUACAAGAUUAGAAUCCAUUCGUCUUGUGCUCGGAAUUGCCUGCGUAUUGAACAUCAAACUCUACCAGAUGGAUGUAAAGAGUGCGUUUCUGAAUGAUGUUCUGCAAGAAGAAGUCUUUGUUGCUCAACCAAAAGGAUUUGAAGAUCCUCACAAACCAAACUCAGUCUACAGGUUAAAUAAAGCCUUGUAUGGGCUAAAACAAGCACCUCGAGCUUGUUCACCAAAGGAAUCCUCUGAUCUGUUGAAGGAACCGACUGUUCCCGUACUUCUCAGUCUAGAUCCGCCAGUCAGGGAAGCGUCUCAGUCUCCUGCUACUGCUAAGAAGCGUCUUCUUCCGGCUCGUCGUUCCAUCUUCCGCAAGCGGUAG